AUGAAGACUACCACCGCCCUUUUGGCUCUUGCCGCUGCGGCAGAGGGUUCACCCCUGUUCUCCAAGCGGGAUGCGAAUGAUAUCUUCAACGACAAGCAGAAAUUCUGCAAGGGAUGGGACCUGAAGACCGUCGAGGGCGUCGACAAGCUUUGGGAAGACACAGCUGCUGGUGUAUCCCUUGAGCUAUUCAUCAAGAGCCAUUGGGAGCACCAGAAUAACUGGGUCAAGAAUCUAGAAGAUCAGGUCAUGGGGGGCACUGAUGGCAAGUCUGGCGCUAGCGGCUGCGCUCUCAUCGGAACCAGCUGUAACCCCAUGGGCGGCAUCGGCUGCGAAGAGCAGUUUGACAAGUACGGCAAGACAUUUGUGGGCAAGAACUCGUACUGGACAUUUCAAGCUGUCAAGGGCAUGCAUGGCAAGUUUGCCGAGUUGCAUCGUCAGUUGACCACUGAGACUCUUGUCAAUGGCCUCAAGAUCGGACAGAUGCUCAAGGACUUUAGCGGAAAUGAGAAUGGAGGAGGCAAUAUGAAGGGCUGGCUUUCUGCAGCUGCAACUAUGGGUAAUGCACUUGGCGGCCUUGUUCCUGGAGUGGGCUCUGGUAUCUCUGCCGGUAUGGGUAUUCUGGCAGGUAUCAUGUCCGGUCUCUCCUUGGGCGAUGAUGAGGAUGAUGGUGCUGCUACUAUAUCAGCUGGCCUUGCCGACCUCUUUAAGUCCGCCUCAGUCAAGCUCGAGGAUACCCUCCGAAUCGCUACCGGAGGCGGUAGAAGCGACGAUGAGUACAACUCUCUCCCCGCCCCCAAGUGGGACACAUACGAGACCAAGAUUGCCAAGUUCUUCAACGGCGGCUGGUUCCUUCUCGACGAUGACGUCGAGACCGUGCGCGUCACUCUGGGCUCUAUCACCAACAACAUCCAGAAGAAGGUCGCCAACGACGUUAUGAAGGCCUCCAAGCUGCACCUUGUCGCUGAUAAGCUCGGCGGUAAAGAUUCUCGUGAGGAUUGCGGUUUUUCCACUGGUCGACAGUGGCUGCCGCUCCGUGAUGGUGAGGAGUACUGCUGGUACAUCAUGCGAAAUGAUCCCAACCCCAUUCGUGAGGGAGAGUGGACCGAGGUUGGUGCUGACAUCUACGAGAAGAUGGCUUCGUUUGGUCUUGGUGAUCGCGAGACUUACUACAAGGCUGUUAUCGACUGCGCACUGAACAAGGGCGACAGUGAUGAGGUUGACACUAGCAACCUUGUUCAGGGAGAGAUUCCCCGAUGUUUCUUUAACUUGCCUGCUGUGUUUGUUGAGCAUGACAGCUCUACUGGCUGCGGAAGCCCCUUCGACAGACAGGACUGCGACUACCGCAAGGGCACUCCUCUUAAAUGA